AUCAUGGAAGAACUGAAAUAUAUAUUCAUAAUCUCUUUGUUAAUAACUUACGUCCAUGCAGAAGACCCGGUAAUUGAUACUACCACUGGAAAGAUUAACGGAUCAACAAUUUCAGUUCAGAAUUUUGAUCUUGAUGUCUUUCUUGGAAUACCAUUUGCUAAACCUCCCGUUGGUAAUCUAAGAUUUAGAAGACCUGAAACAAUUGAAAAGUGGAGUGGUAUAAAAGAAACGAAGAAAUAUGGUUCAUCAUGUGAACAAUUUAUAGAAUCUAAUGAUGCUGCAGAUGCAGAUUCGUGGAAAAAUAAUUUAAGUGAAGACUGUCUUUAUUUAAACAUUUGGGCUCCAACAGAAGCACGGAAGUUUCAUUCAAAUUUAACCACGAUGAUUUGGAUAUACGGAGGUGGAUUUAUUUCUGGAUCAAGCGCGAAGGAUGUAUUUGAUGGACGAUGGUUAGCUGUUAGUCAAAAUAUUAUCGUUGCAUCACUUAAUUACAGAUUAGGGCCCUUUGGUUUCCUU